UAUUGAUCAACCAGAUUUAUGCUAAAAUGAUUGUUUCUUCAAUAACAAAGAAUUUUAUUUAGUGUCAAAGUGAAAUUAAGAAUCGGUACUCUCCACAGUUUUUAUUAUGCACAGAGGGGGGGGAAUUAAAUGUGCAUGCGUAAAGCCUACGAGAAAAAACGUUAGUGGUGGUUUUGAGGUCUGUAUUUUAGAACAUUUCGGAUAAUGGACGUCCGGAUUUCGGACUUUGUACUGUAUAAAUAAAAUGUGGAGAUGUAUGUGUUUAUGUAUGCAUGCACAUAUGUAUCUGUGUGUGUAUACACAUAUAUAUGCAUGUACAAUACAUACAUAUGUGCAUACAUACAUACACUUCUGAAUUCCAGCCUUGGUAACAGAAGAGUACCGAAUAAAGGCUAAUCAAAAUGAUUGGGAUAAAUUUAGUCCUAAAUUUUCUUCUGUCAUUUAAGUUUCAUAUUGUACUGCUUUCAAUAUUUUACAAAUCUGUAUUUCACCAUUUAUGUCAAACUACUUCGUUUGAAGAUUAAUCGUAAUUUCUUUUAGAGGUGUGUUUCAUUUCUAAACUACAUUUGACAUCGCAAAAAAGCAGUUCCUUAAAGUUUUCUUAAGAGAGUAUUAUUGUUUCAUGAUAGGAAGGAUAUGGAUUUGAGUGAUAUUUUUAGUCCUAACACACUGUGCCGUGAACGCCAGUUCACAUCUGAUCCGGGGAAUCUAGAUUUACCUGCUCCUCAUAUUUUUCUGGAUGACACUAGUAUUGGGGAUGCUCAUUUUGAUCUCCCUUGUUCACCAGGAGAUCCUGUUUUUAAUGAAAGUGAGUUGUCAGCUGAUGAUGAUGAUUUAAACAUAGAUAUUGUUGACAUGUCUUUACCUUCCCGAGCUGCUGAACAGGCUGAGCAUUUAGUUCGAAAAGUAUUGGAAGAAGCUGAGCAAGCAGAACAUCUAGUGAGAAAAGUCUGGGAAGAAGCUUGGAAAGUCUGUCACUUCAGCUCACUACCUAAAUGGUUGCAAGAUAAUGACUUUUUGCAUCGUGGUCACAGGCCACCUCUUCCAUCUUUUACUGCUUGUUUCCGAUCCAUCUUCAGGAUUCAUACUGAAACUGGAAAUAUUUGGACUCAUCUUUUGGGUUGUAUAUCAUUUAUUGGAAUUGCUUUUUAUUUCCUCACUCGUCCAUCAAACCAGAUUCAAUGGCAAGAAAAAGUAGUAUUUGCAACAUUUUUCGCUGGUGCCAUAGCAUGUUUGGGCAUGUCCUUCACUUUCCAUACAGUUCAUUGUCAUUCUGAGAAAAUAGGGAAGUUGUUCAGCAAGUUAGACUAUUGUGGAAUUGCUUUUUUAAUCAUUGGGUCUUUUGUGCCAUGGCUAUAUUAUGGAUUUUAUUGCAAUUUUCAACCAAAAUUAAUAUACUUGGUACUUGUAGUAGUCUUGGGAACUGCUGCCAUAAUAGUUUCUUUAUGGGAUAAAUUUAGUGAGCCUCGAUUUCGCUCAGUAAGAGCAGGUGUUUUUAUGGGUUUUGGUUUGAGUGGUGUUGUUCCAGCUGUUCAUUACUUAAUAGCUGAAGGUUGGUUUAGGGCAGUUUAUCAAGCAUCUUUUGGCUGGCUAUGCCUUAUGGGCAUGCUGUACAUAACAGGAGCUCUCUUUUAUGCUUUGCGUGUUCCAGAGCGUUUUUUUCCUGGAAAGUGUGACAUAUGGUUUCACAGCCAUCAAAUAUUUCACAUACUAGUGAUUGCAGCAGCUUGUGUACAUUAUCAUGGAAUUACUGAAAUGGCUAUGUACCGCCUCACAAUGGGAGAUUGUGCUGAAGAGCCACCAGAUUAUUUUUCUCAGUACUGACCUGUGUAUAGUCAUCUCUAUUUUGAAAAAUAAAGUUAUAUUUUUUUUUAAUAGGCACAGCUUAUUUUUACAUUUAAAAACACAAAAGUAACUUUAACAUUAUCCCUCCUUAUUUUCAGUUGCAUAUCACAGUUCUUUCUAUCACAUGCAUUCCAGUUUUCUGAAAUGUUGGUUGUAAUUUCCAGAGAUAAAUAUAUGAGCUAUAAAUAAAUCUGGAUUUUGUAAAUAUGCUAGAUUCUGUGAUUGAAACAUGUAGCUUGUCAUGUUUCUGCCUUAUUGUAAAGUGUGACUUGUGUCGCAUGUUAGUAAAUUUUAGGCAAAUAGCCGUAUUGCUUGGCUAUGUGUGUUCUGAUAUAUGAUGUUUUUAAAAUCUUGAUUUAAAUUGAACAUUUUAUGAAACUGUGAUUAGAAAUAAAUUAUUAUAUAAGCAUACAGUGUUCUGAGUUA